UCUCGUGGAAAGGCGGCACGGUCGGCCGUGGUCUCGCAGAAGGGGCUCGCUGCCGUUCCCGCUGUGCCGCCGGCUCAGCGCAGCGCUGGGUGAGCGCUCCGGCCGCGGCAGUCCCGCUGCCCUCCGCAGGGCAGCCGCUGGGGCUCCGCGGGCAGCGCUCCCUGCGGCGGCCACCCCAGGGCUUUCCUCGGCCGACGGCAGGAAAGGAAAUCGGAACGCUGACUUUUGCACAGCACCUCCGCCCAGGAGAAUUGCUCCGCAGAGGGAAGCUGUGCUGUGCCCACGCCGAGAACCUGCCCAGGUUUUCAGGAUGAAUCUGGAAAAACUCAGCAAACCAGAACUGCUGACGCUGUUUAGCAUUCUUGAGGGAGAAUUAGAAGCAAGAGAUCUGGUCAUAGAGGCUUUAAAGGCCCAGCACAGGGACACAUUCAUUGAGGAGCGCUAUGGGAAGUACAACAUCAGUGAUCCAUUGAUGGCUCUGCAGAGGGAUUUUGAGACACUCAAAGAGGGGAAUCAUGGUGAAAAGCAGCCAGUAUGCUCCAAUCCUUUAUCUAUUUUGAAAGUGGUGAUGAAACACUGCAAGAAUAUGCAGGAAAGAAUGUUAUCCCAGCUAGCUGCUGCAGAAAGCAGACACAGAAAGGUGAUCCUGGACCUGGAGGAGGAGAGGCAGCGGCACGCCCAGGACACGGCCGAGGGGGACGAUGUCACCUACAUGCUGGAGAAGGAGCGGGAGCGGCUCACCCAGCAGGUGGAGUUUGAAAAGUCCCAAGUGAAAAAGUUUGAGAAAGAGCAGAAGAAGCUGUCGAGCCAGCUGGAGGAGGAGAGGGCACGCCACAAGCAACUGUCUUCCAUGCUGGUUGUGGAGUGCAAGAAAGCCACUGCCAAAGCAGCUGAAGAGGGCCAGAAGACAGCAGAACUGAGCUUGAAAUUGGAAAAGGAGAAGAGUAAGGUGAGUAAGCUGGAAGAGGAGCUGGCAGCCAAGAGGAAGCGGGGUUUGCAGAUGGAAGCACAAGUAGAAAAGCAGCUCUCGGAGUUUGACAUUGAAAGAGAGCAGCUGAAAGCUAAGCUGAACAGAGAAGAAAACCGUACAAAAGCACUCAAAGAAGAGGUGGAAUGUCUGAAGAAAGCCCUGAAAGAGCUGGAGGCUUCUUGCCAGGAGCACAGUCCCUCCAAGCCCGUGCAUCCCAGCCCCGCGGUGACAUCCAGGGGGGUCACAACUGACAGUCCCCCAAUGAAGUCUGUGUCCUGCCAGACCGAGAGCCUGCAGGCAGAGCGGGCAAACGCUGCCAGCACCAGCAGAGCUGUUCACACCGUGUUUGCCAGCCCCUCUGCACCCGCUCCUUCCUAUGCAAAAUCCAAUGGGCAUUGUGACACAGACGCGCAGAUGGGUGGGGAGACAAAUGCUGCAGAGAGCCAAGCUCACAGGGAGAAAUCUGCUGCCACCUCCGAAAGCGCGGUGGAGAAUGGAAGCUCUCCUGUAAGAACAGAGUCACCGGUGCACGUGAUGCCGCAGCUCCCCUCUGCUGGGGCGUCCCUGUCCCCCAGCAGCACAGCUGCCUCCUCGCUGACCCCUUCUCCCUGCUCCUCACCAGUGCUGACUAAACGCUUGGUGGGAGCCUCUGCCAGCAGCCCUGGCUACCAGUCCUCCUACCAGGUGGGCAUCAACCAGCGUUUCCAUGCGGCCAGGCACAAGUUCCAGUCGCAGGCAGAGCAGGAGCACCAGCCGGGCGGCCUGCAGAGCCCACCCUCCCGGGACCUGUCUCCCACCCUGGCAGACAACUCCGCUGCCAAGCAGCUGGCCCGCAACACGGUCACGCAGGUGCUGUCCAGGUUCACCAGCCAGCAGGGCCCCAUCAAGCCCGUCUCCCCCAACAGCUCCCCUUUUGGCACGGACUACCGAAACCUGGCCAGCGCUGUCAGCCCCAGAGCCGAGGCUGGGCACUGCCCAAGCCCUGUCAAGGUUUCCAGCCCGCUGAGCCCCUUGUCUCCUGGGAUCAAGUCACCAACCAUCCCCAGGGCAGAACGAGGGAACCCUCCGCCCAUUCCUCCCAAGAAACCCGGCCUGGCUCAGUCGCCUGCUGCUCCUGCUCCGCCGAGCAAGGGCCCCUCGCUGGGUGCCCCCAUGGACGUGGCCAGCGGCUGCUCUAACAGCACUGUCGUGUCGAAUGGCAAGGACCUGGAGAUCCUCCUGCCAAGCAGCAGCUAGUCUCCAGAAAAUGGGAAUGUCACAUUCCACAGCUUAGCUUACGCUGGAGCUAAGACACUGUUUUUCCACUCCAUGUUAUUUAUUUCCAUAGUAGCAGAUUCUGUCUGUAUAAAGCAUUUUUUUUCUUUUUAAUAGGUAGGAAAAUAUUUUUGUUUAUGAAGAAACCUUAACUACAGCUAUACAGUAGCCUCCAAAUGUCUCAUGGCAGCAGUCAAAUCAUUAGAGAUAACAACCAUAAUCGUGUGGUGGGACCUAUCAACCUCUAAUGGGACUGAAAUGCUACUUUUAAAUUAUGCAGAAAUAAUUUUUGCAGACUUUUUAUUCCAGAUGAACAUUUUAUAGAAGUGCCUGAAAUAAGCCUGCAAUAUGAAUGUGAUUCUCGGGAAAAGGUGAGGAGGGGAACAUCUAGCUGCAGAAACGAAUUCUUCUGAGUCCUGAAUGUUGAAACCAACACUGGUUUUCCUUUUAAAUCUUUCCAUUUGCUAGGAUAAGUUAGCAAAUGUGCUACAGGUUCUGCCAGGUGACCGCCAGACUGGUGCAGCCAGCCAGGCUGUGUCCUCCAGGACGUAGCUCCCAGCUAUUUGAGGAAGCACACAGGAGUUUCUUGGGAUAAAAUUUAGUUGUGGUGUCAUCCAGAUUACUUCUCUGUUAGUAUUCUUUGUCCAUACAGCUCUUUCUGCUUUGCUGCCAAGACGCCUGUGUGCUUCAAAUGGCUGAACUCUGGUUUCUGGUGUACCACCUGGAAUUUUAAAGCUCUUCAAGCAUUCUACUGUUGUGUGUAGAACUUCUGAGAAAAGGAUCUUUCUGUUACUUGACAAAGAUCUCACUAGUACUUGAAAAAGUAACUCAUCCAUCCAAUACAGGUUUUUUGCAACGCCUGUAACAUGGGAUCUUCCACUUUAAGCAAAAGCAAUAAUUUUGUUCCCCAUCUGUGUCAGUUAAGUCUGACUGACCUGGGUUUUACCCACUAGCUGUGGGUAGCUUUCCUUGGCUGCAAAUACGGAACCAAAUCAUUGCUGCUGUGGAAUUGAGUAUGUGGAUAUGUGUAAGUGUGUCACACAUACAUGCUAAACACACGGUGUAUUGGGGAAGUAUUUAUCUCUUCUUGAUCUUCUGCCUCAUAUGAAGAAAACAUGGCAAUUCACUGAGAUUUUAAAAAACUCCUCAGUGAGGAGUUGCCCAAGUUUGAGGCAGAUCAUGUGUGUGGAGAAGUGUUUGGGCCCAGGAGAAGCAGCUGGUUCCUGUGCAGAAAUGUUUGCUGCACGAAAACCAGCAGGCACAGCACGGUGGCUUUCUGAGUCAUUGUGCUGAGAAACACAGGACAGACAGCACGGGUCAGCGGCAGAGGCUGGGAGCACGACCCCGAGUUAAUGAUCUUGGGUGCUGGAUGUGAGCUGAUCCUGAAUUUAGAAACUGGACUUGCUGCUCAGUGUCGUCCAGCGUGGAGCCCUUCCCUCAGCAGCAGAGUGGUGUUAGCCCAGCUCCCGUGCCACAGGCACGUUCUCCUGGGUCAGGUUGCACUGUUGCAUCCGGCACGAUCCCUUGGUGCCGCGGGAGGGGCAGAGCUCCGUGGCAGAGUUCCCGUGGGCUCCAGCCUCGUUCCGCAGGGCUCUGCGCUGCUUUGGGGGGCUCUUGUUGGAGUGACCCCGCACAGCCGUGGCAGGGGUCUGGAGGUUUGCACAGGCCUUUCAGUAGCCUUUCAGGCAGGGGCAUUAUGGGCUGUUGUUCCCAAUCCAGUGGAGCAGUCUGUGUGUUAGCAGCAGGGACACACAGGCAGCCAGAGCUGAAUGGGCAGUGACUCCUUUGGAAGCACAUUUAUUACUUUCUUAACUAAGUGUCCACAGCAGAUUAUUUUGCUCUUGCUGAGAGUAAAAGUAAAAAUGGAUGGGCAGAUAGACAGAUUUUGGCCCAUGUAUCCCUUCUGAUCGAAAAGUGAGGCUUUUGUAUACACUGCUUUAAUGAGUUUCUUUACUUUUACAUUAAUCUGACUGGUAUUAUCCCCUUUAUUGAUAGCUCUAGAGAGAGAGAGUGGCUAUGAUGAAGUCUAAUAGGAAAUGCACUGAGUACUGUUUCUUCUAAAAUAUAAUAGGGGAAGGGGUAUGCAAAAGAAUGUAUUUUUGCUAGUAGACUAACUUCUGAAAGAAACUAAGCACAAGGGAUUAAAAUGGAUCCAACUAAUUCAGUAAGACAUUUAGAGUUAGUAUUUAACUGUUGAUGUAGAUUCUGUGUGAAAGCAACUAGGUAUUUCUUCUCUAACUCACAUGUGUCCUAAGCAGACAUUGUUGCAGAGUUUGUCACUGGCUAAUGGAGUAUAAUGAAGUGCAAAACAUAUAACACUAGUAUUAAUUCAUUAACACUUGUAAAUUUGUAAAGCCAAAUGUACCAAGCUGAAGUCUUUAAUCAUUUUUAUAGCUGAUGGCAUUAAACAUGUUAAACAUUCAUAUUAUCAAUAAAGGAUUUUAUUUUUAAGAUGUGCAAA